AUGUCUGACUUAAAGAACUCGAAGGAUGCCCUCGUAGCUUCCCUUUUUGAAUUAUCCAAGGCUGCUCAAGAAGCCGCUGCUGCUGCUGUAAACUUCUACAAAACUGCCAAUGUCGAUGCCCUUCCAGCUGACCAAUUGGCCGAAUUAAGUGCUUCAUUAGGACAAAUUGCCAAAGCCACCAUCUCUAAUGGUGAAACCCUUAAUCCUGCCGAUGUUGCUGCUGCUGCUGUCCGACGACGAGGACUUGUAUUCCUUCUUCAUUUUCUUCAGUUCUUCUUCUUCUUCCUUGUCAAAGAUCCAAAUGCUCCAAAGAAACCAUUGACUAUGUAUUUCGCGUUUGCUUAUCAUACACGUAAACAAAUUGCUGAAGAAAGAGAAAAGAAAGGAUUGGGUUCUUUGAAUGCAAUUGAAAUGAAUUCAAUUGUUAAAGAUCGUUGGAUGGAAAUUUCUGCUGAAGAAAAGCAAAAAUGGCAAGAUAGAUAUAGAAGUGAAUUAAAAGAUUAUAAUGUCUUAAAGGAAAAAUAUCAAACUAAGUUAGAGGAUGAUAAACAUGAUGCUGACGUUUCUAUUGCUUCUUUGGUUCCUGUAGUCGAAGAAGAAAAGCCUGAAGUUAAGAUUCCUGUUGUUGAACCCCCAAAGGUUGAAAGUAGUUCUUCUGAAGCUCCAAAGAAAUCUCAUAAGAAACGUAAAUCUGACAAGGAAAGAAGUGAAAAGAAGAAAAAGAAGUCUUCUUCAUCAUCAUCUUCUCAUGCUGCUAAUUAA